GCGGUCUGGACCAGUAUAAAAGCCAGUCCAAGAGCAGGCUCCCUCAUCCACUUCUCUUGCCUUCUCCUCCUUGGUGAACAAGGUGCACCUCCGUCGCGCAGCCAUGUCCUGCUACGAUCUGUGCCGCCCCUGUGGCCCAACCCCGCUUGCCAACAGCUGCAACGAGCCCUGUGUCAGGCAGUGCCAGGACUCCCGGGUGGUGAUCCAGCCCUCUCCCGUGGUGGUGACCCUGCCCGGACCCAUCCUCAGCUCCUUCCCCCAGAACACCGCUGUGGGAUCCACCACCUCCGCUGCCGUUGGCAGCAUCCUGAGUGAGGAGGGAGUGCCCAUCUCCUCCGGAGGCUUUGGCCUCUCUGGCCUUGGUGGCCGCUACUACGGCAGAAGGUGCCUGCCCUGCUAAAGGCGGGCUGGACG